CAGCGGUGCACCCGGUGCCGCGCGCCCCCGUCACCACUUUGCUCUUGCACUUUCUAUCGUCCCGUCGAGUGAUCCCAAGCAGCCCGCAAGAUGACCAUCAACACUCUGGCGAAAGGAGGCUGGAAUAGGGAACAAAUGGCGUGCUUUCGUAAGGUAAAACUCGGCGAUUUAUUCCAAUUUAGUUUAUUUUUAGAUUCUGACAUGUUAUACGCAUAUGCGUCCAUGUAAUAAUCCGAAAGAAAACAUCAUAAAUAAAGAUAAAACCAAGUCUUAACGCUGUGAAAUGUUCAAUAUAAUACUUUUCCUUUUAAAUUAACAAACUCGUAUGUGUGUUUAAAAUGUUUGUGACUGUAUGCUCAUGUGCUUUUUACUUCUGUGUGUGACUACAUGUGUGUUUGUGUUCCCCUGACAGAUGGAGAGAGUGAUUGUGGCCAUGCAGGACCCUGACAUGGGCAUGAAGAUGAGAAACCAGAGGCUGCUUAUUACAGUCAUACCACACGCCAUGACAGGUAGCAAUGUGUGCGAGUGUGUGGGUUGCCUGUAUGUCAGUGUGCAUCAGCAUCUAUGUGGACUUGCACUUUGCAGCCAGUGUUCAGGUCCCAAUGGUCAUGCAUUAUGCAGCAGUGAAUUUGGGAGAGGACUGUGUGCUUUGCAGAGUAGAGUAAAGAAGUUUGCCCUUAUUUCUGUAUUUCUUAAAUCUCUUUCCUAAUUGUCUCUUUGUUUUUGUUGUUGUUUUUUUCUCCAGGCAGGGAUAUCAUUGAUUGGCUGAUGCAGAAAUACAAUAUCUGUGAGGAGGGUAAGUAGCUGGAUUGAUGCAAACAUUUCAAGAUGAGAGACAGAAAGCAUUUUCCUGUAAUUCUAUGUCUCACUCAGGCUGGUUUGUUGUGUUCGUUGCCACUGUGUUGCCAGGAUAUGGAGCUUUCUCCACAGCUGACAUAGUAGUGAUGCGUUUAUGAGUGUAUUAUGGGGGCUGCUGUUUCCAGUAAACAAGGACAGGGGUGAGCCCCAGAGGUUCCCAGUUUGAUUAACUCACCUGAUGAUCAGGGUUUGAUUAGUGUCCCUGUGGAGAUCAGCACCUCAAGAGACUUCGCAGAACCAGAACUAAAUUAGAAGUUGGAAAAAAGAUAGCCUGCAGGUCCCAGUGGUUUCAGAAUAGACUAAAGGAGGAGAGAGUCAGCAUGCAAGGGAGAGAGAGAGAGAGAGAGAGAGAGAGAGAGAGAGAGGGUGAUAAGAGCUGAUUAAAAUGCAUCACACAGCUUUUUUUGGAAACUGUCAGUCAUAAAAGUAGGGCUCUUUAACAAAUGAGGAAGGAAUGGAGAUUGAUUAUGCAUUUUAUCCCUGGAACAAAGUGUUGUUUUAAGAGAGAUUGCUGACAGGCUUCAGGGUUUUUUUUUAAAUAAACGUAUGACUCAUUUUGGUUCACAGCAUUUUCUAUGACUUUGAUUGCCUGUAGCCAUAUUAUGUAUUUUUCAGGUUUGAGAACUGUGGCUCUUACAGAAUCAAUAGCUUUUUCACAGACCAUCAAUCAUGGUACAGUCAUUAAUUUUUAACUUACCAGUAUUUUAAACUGUAAUGUUUUUCUUAAUUAGUUAAGCUUGUAGUUUACUGUGCUGAAUAGUAUUUUAGGAUACAGAAUUUGUGGUACAGGCUUUUUCCUUCCUUAUAAUAAUUCUGGUAUUGAGACUUGAGAACUGGCCGAUACCAUAUACACCCUUUAAUUGAGUGACAAAAACUUCUGUCACUGAUGAACCAACACUGAUCCCACACAUUUUUCUGGCUGUGACUGCAGAUGCAUGACUUUGUAAGACUGUGCUGUUGUUUGUUGUUAUGAAAUGACCAUUUUUCUGACAUCAUUGAUGUUAUAUUGGUGUACCAGAGUUGCUAGAGGUAGCUACAUUGGUUACAGACCAAUAGGUUACUGCUUAGAAUACAAUGAACCAAUCAAGAGACAGACCAUGGGUAUGUGGAUCCAUUCCAGAUAGAUCUUGUAUAAGGUCUUUCCUCUGCAACUUUUCAGUUGCCUUUGUCAUCACCCCUUAACCAGUCCCACAACACCAGCAAAGCCCAUUGUGUGUUAGUUCGUAUCUGUUUAUUUCGAUUUGAUUGAUUACUUUUCCUUCCACUCCUUGUGUUUUAACCUCAUUUUGCUAGUUUCUGUGCUGUUUUUCUUCUCUCUUUUAUCUCUUCUGUCAGCCACUAGCUCUGUGUUCUGCAAAUUAAUUGAGAAUAAUAUUUAAAGCUCCUUUGUGGAAAUUUGGUUAGUGUCAAUUUUGGCGCCUCCCGUGGACAACGUGGUCUUCACUUAUCUUGCUCUCUACAUGCUUGAAUGAAUCAAAAAUAGUAGUCUUCUGACUUUUGACGGUCAAAUAUAUAGUUGAUUGUAAAUAUUGUAAAUAAUAUAAACAGAUGUUUCUUCAGCUGCUCGGCCAACACAAACCCCCUGCACACCAAUGUCAGACAUUAGAAAUUUCGAUAAAUAUAUCAUCAUCCAUGUCAUCAGUGGUUUUGCUUUGCUUAUAAAUAUCAUAAAAAGUCAUCAAUAAUAAUUAUAGUGUACUAUUUCAUAGAAAAACUCCUUACAUAAGCUUUAAGGUGAUGAGAAGGCAUUACUGGUGCCGUUCCAAGUCUCUUGGUCAAAGUUGAUAGAUAUUUGGUCUCUUCUACUGUAAAUGUCAUUAUGAAGAUCUGCGACAUACAAUAAAUUUCAUUGUAGUUUGGGACUUUAUCAAUAAAAAGAUCAUAAUGCUCAGGUGAGAUCUUGCCAACCUCUCACCUUAGUUUAACACCGUAUUCUGACUGGCCUAAACCCUUUCACAAUAGUUAUGUGAUUCUCAUAUCAAACCCAGAAAAAGAUUCUGGCUUUUUUACAUUAGUUGUGAUUUCACCUCUAUCUGUUGGCUGGUUUAUAAUCACAUUUGUAAACAACACAGAUAAUAUUUUCAAGUACCUGUGAGGAGUUUUUUCACAUCUAGUCUGCUCUAUCUUUAGAUUUGUUAGCUUUCAUAAGAAUCCAGAUGAACUCAAGUCCACAGCCUUUGCAACACCGUAUGUCUAAUUUCUUUUGUGUUUUUUAAUUUAAUUUUUUUUUUAACAGAGGCACUCCAUGUUGGUGGCAUGCUGGUGAAAUAUGGGUACAUCUACCCUCUCAAGGAGCCCAGAUCCCUUGUAUUAAGGCCUGAUGAGUCACCCUACCGCUUCCAGGUAAGUUUCACAUCCCUCAUGCAUUAUGUCUGCUCUGCCAUUCUCUAAAAACCCCACACCCCUCUUUCAAGAUCAAAACCACUUUGCCUUAAGCGUCACUUUUUCCCUCUCACUGCCCAUCUCCCUUUUUACUCUCAUUCCAUUAACCCACCUUCUAAUCCCUCAUCCAUCUGCCACUUUUUCAUCAGCUGCUACUGCACUAUCAAUCUCUGACAGAAAUGUCUGAAUUUGCCCCUUGUUUUUCUCAGACGCCUUACUUCUGGACUAGUACCCGCUGGCCUGCCUCAGAGCUAGACUAUGGUAAGAAAAUGCAGAAAACAAACUACAAGAUAUAAAGCAGUUAAUGUACUGUUUUGUAUAAAAGGAAAGCUCUUGAUGCCUCUCUGAUUUCACAGCAACAGUCUAUUCCCAACCAAUCACUCUACUAUCAAAUAUGACCUUAAUUCCAUGCUAUACAUAAAACAUAGGUUAGUGCAAUAACUGUGAGAAGAAUUUGACUCACUUUUGAGUGAUAUAGCACACAGUAGAGCUCAUUUCUCUCUUUUCCUUGUUCUUGACUUCUUUUGUAUCAGCAAUCUACCUGGCUAAAAAGAACAUUAGAAAACAAGGAGAACUGAUGGAAUAUGAGAAGGUAGGCAAAGUCUGUGUCUGUGUAAGUGUACUAUAAUUAAACAGCAGCAAGUCUCCAAGCUGAUUUUUUUUCCCUUAUUCUCUCUAUUUUUUUUCUUCCUGUCCUCUCUGUUUUUAGGAGAGGUACAGUGUGCUGCACAAGAGGAUCAACCACACCUGGGACUUUGUGGUGAUGCAAGCCAGAGAGCAGCUCAGGUGCACAUUUAUACACAUACACACAGGCACACAAACACACAUGCACACGAGCUUACACUGUGAUUUAUGUUCAGAGCAUCCAAACAGAGGAGGAAGGCAGACCGCAUUGUUCUAGAGUGUCAGGAGCAGGCCUACUGGCUUAUCAACAGACCGCCGGUAGGUUCAGUGUUUUUUUACUCCUCUGUGUGCUGAUUUAGUACAGUAUGUUCCAUGCUUUACUACAUUAUUCUACUCUCACCUCCCCUCCACCCCCUUAUACUACACUAAACUAUAAUAAACUGAACCAAAUUAUGUUAUCCUUCAUUAUCCUUAACAACACCACAAGUAUCACUAUUCUUUCAUUUGCUUUAAAAAAAUGACACUAAUAUUGAACAUUUGAAACUAUACUAUGUUACACUAUAGGGUCCAGUAACAGGAUGAGACUACAAGCAUAUUUGGUUUUACUAUUCAAUACAUAAGGGCUGAUGAAUAGUGAUCAGGUGAUUAUGCAAAACUAAAAUCUCUUAAGGCUGUGACAAGACCCUUGUGCCAAGUAUGUUUUUACUAUACAUUGACCCGUUUAUUACCUAACUAACUAUAAAAUAUAUAAACUUAUUGACACAAAAUAUUGAUUCAAAGAUAUUUUUUUAAAUUUAAUGAUUUAUUAACAGCCAAAAAUGGAUGAAAAAACAUUCAACUGAAUAUAAAGUUCAUGGUCAAAUUAAAACAUAAGCCAGAGUAUUUGUUAUAAUUCACAUUGCACAGAACACUUACAUGUCAGACGGGGUGAACAGGUCCUCUAGCAGGCAUGUCCAAACUGUUCCACAAAGGGCCGGUGUGGCUGCAGGUUUUUCCUCCAACCAAGCAGCAGCUCACCAGACUUGAUUCAUUUCAUCAGCUGAUCUCAGUCUUUAGACAGCUGAUUGGUCAGACUGUGUGCUCUUGAUUGGUUGGAAGAAAAACCUGCAGCCACACCGGCCCUUUGUGGAAUAGUUUGGACAUGCCUGCACAGGAAUACUUGUGCUGAUAUUCCUUUCCUCAUUCAGCUCACCUCUUUCUCAAAGCUUUGUAGUUGACACACCUUUGACUACAUCCAGUGUCACAACAUUCAAAUUUUUUGCUCUUGUUAGUACCACUUGUGGUUUCUACAAAAAACACACAAAAAAAUUACCAAUAAAGUUACUUCAAGGGACUCUGCUGUCAUUGCCUGGAUUGCAGGACAGGAUCUUGCCCCACUAUUGGAAACGGUUGAGCCUAGCAGUUCCUCAGGCUGCUCUGAGAUCUAUGCUCGAUCAAUGUCAGUGCUUUCCAACACUUGAGACCAGUCUGAGACAAGAAUUAAUGUUUUUUACACAAUGUUUAUCAAUUCAGACAGUGAACAGAAACUGUUUUGCCACAGUGUCAACCGGCAAGUUGAAACUCACAGACAUAAUGAAGGUGAUCAGGUUCUCCUUUGUCAGUUUUUAUAACAGUUAAUAACCUUUGUCAUGUGGUUUUGACCAGUCAGGAUCAAGUUUUAAAAACAGUGUGGUAAUGAGAAAAAGGCUGGGAAAUGACAUAAUAUACUAAACAACAUAAAUCUAUACUGUAUUUUACUGUAUCCAUAUUGUGCUCAACCAUAAAAUAAUUUACUUUACUACAUUAAACUGUUCUAUACUAUUUAAUAUUAUACACUAUACUACUAUACUAUACUAUACUUAAUACUAUAUUAUACUGUUUCAGUUGUGUGGUACAAACUACAGUAGUAUACUUAACAGUUUUUAAAAAAUUUAGAUGUCACUCUGAUAUUCACUCACAGUCCCUUCUGCCUCCUACAUGAAAUAUUCAACCCAUCUGGUAAAAGCUGCAGUAUUAUGGGAGGAAUAACGGAGGCAGAGAGAAAAAGAGAGAGAGAAGGGGAAUAUUACAUUUCACCUUUUGUAUGUUGCCUGCUCCCAACACCAGAGCAGUCCAUCUGAUACUUAGACAAAGACAUGGAUCAGGAGAGGGGUAAAGAGGAGAAUAUGUGCAGAGGCACCAAGGAAGUAGAGGAAGGAGGAGGAGGGGAGGGUUUGAAUGGAGGACUCCAUCUUGCCUGGGCCUUAUGAAUUAGGGACGAGGAUGUGGAGAAAAAGAAAGAACUAGCAGAAUAAAAGUGAGGGGUAUUGGAGUGGAAAGCAAAAGUAAAGCACUUCCUCACGCACAGGCUCCCAUCAGCGACCUACGCACACAUGCACACACACACAAACACAAUCCUAAUUACAAAGACACACUACAGAUUUAUUUGUGUUCAUCUUUGUUUGAAUUGUUUCAGCCUGGUUCUCCUAAUGUGUUGGACAUGGGUCUAGACAAGCCAAAUAACUUCAGCUCACGAGUUACUCUGGUUAGUGACAUCUUCAUGUUUAUACUCUCCUGAAAACUUUUAUAUCAUGACAUGCAGUACUUCAUAUUGUCUCUCAAUGCUCUAUUUUGUCUAAUUUUCCUUGCUGCUGGGAUUGAUCAAAGUAAGUGUCAUAGAAAUGUUUUUUUUAAAUUGAAGUUUCAUCAUCUUUUUUGUUAUUUUUUGAACUGGUUUAAAAACAUUUCAGCAAUAUAAAAGAAGUGUUAAAGAUGAGCCAUCGACUUCAAAAUUCUUAUAAGUUGCGACCCAGAAAAUAUUUAUGUGUGAGGAUAGUUGAAUGUAUGAUUUUAGCACAGGUAUACAGUGAUCUUUGUGUAUUUGUCAGAAUUUCUGUUGCGUUAAUAAUUAAAAGUGAUGAUUGUGUGGUUGAACAAAUGCACAUAUGUAACGUCUCUUUCGCAACAGAUAAAACUAUAGACAUGAAUAUAUAAUGCAGCCAUUGUGACACCUAAAGUGAUACUUCAUGUGUUUCUCUACACAGAACUAGAACAGUGACUACUAUAAAACUGAGGUAAACACCAUACAUAUUUAACACACUUCCACUUCAAGUAUAGGAGUGUUUACCACAAGCUUUCAUUCUCAAUUAUUUGUUCGCUUGUUGUCUUUCUUUACUUUACAGAUUGAAAACUGUAAAAGGGCUCUUGGAAGAAAUCGUGUGAAGUCAUCUAUCUGCCUUGAAGGGUAUGUGUCAGAGUGCUGAGUGCAUGUAUGCAGACACUCACAUGCACACGUAGACUAAUGGACUUGAUGCUGCCUACUCCGAACUUUGUCUUUUCAAUAUGCACGUACACACACACGCACGCACACACAUACACAUACACAUGCGCAUAAGGCUUAGUGCUUCCACUGUAAGAGCCACUAAUGGACGCUUCCUGAGGCAACUUGGAAUUAGUGGCCAUUUACUGUUAUGAUCUGCAGCUCUAAUACAAUAAUACUGUGUUUGUGUGCGUGCGUGCGUGUGUGUGUGCGUGUGUGGUUUUACGUGUGUGCAUGCCUCUACAUUUGUGUGUGAAUGUGCAGUUUUGUGAAGUACAGUGAGCAGUACCUGAACCACGACCCUAUUAUGCAAGGCUGUCUUCCCAGCAACCCCUGGAUUUCUGAUGACACAGCCCACUGGACAAUGAACGCAGACAUGUGAGCGAUACUUACAAAUAUGCACACAUGAUCAUAAACUCAAAAUGAACUACAGUAGCCUGAGAUAGAUCAAGUUUCACAACUGUGGCUUUUUUUUGCAUGCUACUCGUGUUUUAGCUCAAAGCAGUCACAGUAGUUUGUACAUGUCUGUGUCUCUUUUGUGUGUCUGAGAGCAGGGUGCCCAUACCUACACGUCUACGAGUGGAACGUUGGAGCUUCAGCUUUGUGGAGCUGCUCAAUGACCCCAUGGGGAGACGGGAGUUCAUGACUUAUCUGGAGAAAGAGUUCAGCGGUAAGACAGAAUGAAGAAAUUAAAGGAAUAUUAUUCUGACCAUGCCCAGCUACCCUUCUAGAAACAGCCAUUGCUAGUUGGGUUUUUGAUGGUCCAUCAUGUCCAAGUAUCUGUUUAUCCUAAUGUUGUACAAGAAACAACUUGGGGGAUCCCAAAGAACUUUUACAUCUGGCACAAAUAAUCCACACAGGUUUAUAGAUGCUAACAUUUUUUCACAUAUUUGUUAAUGAGGAUAAAAAGAUGAAGUGGUGAUAUUUCUAACCAAGAGGGUCAAGUAAUAAUAGUACUAAUAAUGAUAAUAAUAAUAAUAAUCACUUUAUUUUUAUAGCACUUUUAAAAACAGAAGUUUACAAAGUGCGUUGACAUAUAGUCAUGAAGCACAUAGAAAAAGACAUAAAAACAGAACGCUCAAUUAAAAUGGAAUUGAAGGCCGUUUUCAUGUCACAAGGAACCCAGACAAAUCAAGAAAUAUGCAACAUAAAAUGAGACCAUGAGGACCAAAAUAAAAACAUAAAAUAAUUUAAAAAAAGAAAAUGCAAUUAAAAGGGGGGUUGAAAGUGGAAAAGAGGAUAGUAAAAAUAAAAGACACUAUAAAUAAUGGUAAUAAAAGGUCAAGAGCCAACUUAAGCGCAGAAUCAAAAUGUCCUAAAAUUACCCUUUAAUCACAAAACAUCACAGCACAGUAUUAGGUUGAGACAUAUUAAAGAAUCACUUUUUGGUCAUGAUUUCCAUCCUGUUCUUAUUGAAAACUUGUAAAUAAACAACACAAUCAGUCAAAUGGAUGAGGAGCAGGACAAGAAGAGAGCAAAAUAUCACUUUAUGAAUUUAACUAAUAAUCGUAGUUAGUUUAAAUCUCAUCUUCUUUUUCUGUUAAGACUCAUCAUUAUGAUUUAUCACCAGCCCUGAAAUAGAGACUUCCUCAGAGAAGACAUUGCUUCAUCCAGUUACUGUUUGUAAUGCCUUUAUUUUGAUAUCUUUCUCUGUCUUAGUUUUAAAAGUGCCUAAUCAUCUCUCAUAAGGCUGUUUUAGCUAGCUCGCUAGCAGUCUGCCUCUUCAUCUGUUCAUUUUAUGAUGUGGCAUCCACUGUGCAGGACCGCAAUACUGUGAACUCAUGAUAUUACCACCCACUUAAUUUUUUGCACAACUUCAAUAUUAAAUUUUUUUUUCUGUCAAAUGGUCAGAAUGGCCACAGAUUUUCACCAUCUGCAGUUUCUCAGAAAUUGAGAUCAAAGGGAUGGUUUGUUUUUAAAGUUGCAUUGUAGGAGGUACUUGUCAGCUUUAUGUUUAUUAUUCUCAGGAGAUCUCACCACUCUGUUGGGCAGUCAUUGGGAACAAGCACUGAACAACUACGCUAACGUUGAAGUUGAAGAAGCUGCGUUCAGUAAGGCACGUAGCUGGUUAGAGAGGGAUGCAGACUGUGACGAAGAGGCUGAGCAAUCUCCUGUAGGAAUAGACUGUUGACACGUACCUCAUGUCAUGAUCAGUUCAUGAGGGUAAUGAGAAAGAGGGAUGAGAGGAGAGGUGUAGUUAGAUAAUAGUGCAGGAACAUUAAUUCAUCCAUGCAGACAUGUUAAUUAUUGCCAGAAGGUAAGGUUUUCCACAGAGGCCUGCCAGGAGAUAAACAGCCUUUAAUCAUGACUCAUUUUUUCCUGCAUCAUGCUUGUUUUAUUUACCUGUCUGUGCGCCUUGUCGUUUGUUUCUCUGCUAGCGGAAAACCUGUGUUUCUGGCAGGCCUGUGAAGAUGUGAGGCACGGAGAAAAUUCCAGGAUCGUUGAGAAAGUGGAAGAGAUUUACAAGUAAGAACAAAAGCACAUAAAACAUGUACAACAUACAAACAAAGACUUAUGCACACCAUCAGAUCAUGAUACUGACUCUUUUUUUGUGUGCAUCAGAAAUUUUCUGGCCCCUGGAGCUGCCCGUUGGGUCAACAUUGACAGCAAGACAAUGGAUAAAACUCUAGAAGGGAUCAGACACCCACAUCGUUUCGUUAUGGAUGACGCACAAAUGCACAUCUACUUUCUAAUGAAGAAGGUCAGACAUCUUUGGAGUUGGUUCACAGAUAGUCUGCCGAAAAUUAAGCAAGCAAAGGUAGCCUUUUAGGGUUCAAAAGAAAAAAAAAACAAAAACAAAAAUAAUGAAGAUUGCAGUCAAAAGAAAUGACUAACAAAAGGUAGCUCGGUUUCAGAGAGAAAAGACAGUUUUAUGAGAAGACCCUUGGUUUGGUCAAACAGAAGUCACAAAAUAGGUGCUGACAGCAUGCUCGUGAGAAACCUAAAUACUCAAUAACCAGAAAAAAAAUUGUAGAGAACUUGGGCCAGGUACAGUCUGCUCUAAUAUGAUGCUAGGACUCAGUUAGCGUGUUGUGUUUGCUAUAGUUUGUCUAUUGUCUUUCAAAGCAGUCGCAUUGCAACCCUGUCACCAAUAGAAGAUGAAUUCAUGUUCAAGUCAGCUUGUCUCAAGAACCGUCCAGUACAAAAAUCCUGUGUAGUUCUCCAAAGGACACUUUUGGCUUUUAUGGACUGUUUGUAUUGAUUUUGGCAGCCACCGUAGACAAAGUGAUUGUCCAUCCAGUGAUUGUCCUGUCUUUAGAUUUCCAGCAAAAAAAAAAACAAAAAAAAAUCCUAUCCAGCUGUCUUUUCAAAUUAAAAUAUAGUUGUUACUCAGAGUGAUUUUUGUGCUGUCUGAAAAGACAGUUUUGGCAGCAUGGACUCAUUUGUCUCAUCUGACACCCACCCUGGGGCAGUAAUAACUUAAGUAACUAAAAUAAUGCUUAACUGCAUGAUUGAUGAUUAAAAACGGUUGAUGCAUGUUAUGUUUUGUUAAUUUGUAUAACAAGCCAAAAAUAUUAUUAGUGGGCUGUGAGUCAUUAAAUUUCUAUGAGGGUUUAUUAUCUGAGAAACAAGAAUUAUGGUCAUCCAGAAUCACCAGCACAAUGUAAUUUGUGGUUUGAUAUUUAUAAUGGCCUAGUUGCUACAUGGUCAAAUGAACAAGAAAGGGGCCUCGUAAAGACCCCUGAGGGACACCACAUCAGUCAGAUUUUCAAAACCUAAAAUAAUUUACAAGGAAAACAAAAUAAAAUCCUUUGGUUACAAAAUAUGAAAAUUCUCAUGGCAUUUUAUGCAGGUCCUGACUUUCACUGGACUUGCUCCUUUUUGUGUCAGAUGGACUCUUACAGCCCAAAAUACUUUCAGGUCAUUGGAGGCAAAUGAUACCUGAGAACAAUUGGGACAUUUUAAUUUACCCAAAAUACAUUUUCUUUUAGGUAAUUAGCCUUCUGCUUUUCAGUUUUAAAGCAAAAUUCAGCUAAAAUGGCAACUUUUACGGUUAGCUAUCUAUAACUGGAACUUAUUCGUGCUUUAAUAGUUUGUGAAGCUUCUUUUUACAUUAUUGUUUGUUUGUUUUUGCAUUUAGGACUCUUACCCAAGAUAUCUGAAGUCUGACCUAUACAAGAACAUGUUGGCCAAAGCUAUUGUUCCACAGGAGACCAAGAAAAGGUAAGAUUUAAUACUAAUAACCACCUUUAAUAUCAUACAUUCAUUUACUUACAAUGCUUUUCUUUAUUUUCUUUCUUUUAAGUGUGUUCCCAUUUAUGAGACGCCAACGGCAUGCAAGCCCCUCCCCUGCUCAGGCUGCCAGACAUGGAAUUGAGGAGGAUGGACAAGCCAAGGGCGGCAGUCAAGCUGCUGCGAACUCCGGAGGUGGUUCCCAUACCUGAAGUGGAGCCUAAACAAAAACAUGUCAGACUUAAUCACUCCAGCCCUCAUUGUCUCUUUUUGUUCUAAUAGAAACCUUUCAAAGAGUUACACUCUUGUACCUCAAGUCAAACUCUCUAUAAAAGUCAGAGUUUGUCUUUCACUGUGUAUCAUUACCAGAGUUAGAAUUUGAGCAUUAGAGCACAGGUGUCCAUGCAAAUCACAGCAGUGUCACUUAUUUCUCAGCGCACGAGCAGAGAGUAUAACAGAUUUUAGAGCUUUGAUUACUUUACUUUAAUGCUGCAUAAUCAUCCUGUCUCCGUUCAUGAAGUCUAUCCUGUUGGUCUUGAUUCUGGCUGAUCGUACCAAGUCUUCCCUAAACAGCUUUUAUAUUGAACCUUCUGUUUCUAUAAUGAUCGGAGGGAUUUUAGUGGAGCAAUAGAGUUUUUAAGUAUGUAUGUUGUCAUGAAUUCACCUCAGUCUGUCUGAUUAUCAUAGAGGUUGCUGCGUGUGUUCUCUCCAUGUCAGAGUUUCACCCUGUGAUGAUUGUUGUGACUAUUUUUGCUUGAGCAUGUCCUCAUCCCAAUAAAAUGUCACAACAGC